AUGGCUUCCGACGAUUCCCUGCCGACCCUGAAGGUGCUCCUCAUCGGCCCGUCCAGCGCUGGGAAAUCCGCGUUGUUGAUGAGAUAUUGUGAGGAUGUCUUUGAGCCCGAAUCAGCAACGGCGACCAUCGGGAUAGACUUCAAAAUUAAGAAACUCUCAGUCAGGGGGAAGGCGUACCGCCUGACGCUCUUUGAUACCGCCGGCCAGGAACGCUUCCGCACCCUCUCGACGUCCUACUACCGCGGCGCGCACGGCGUGAUCCUCGUCUACGACGCGUCGUCGCGGACGUCCUUCGCCUCGAUGGACCGCUGGUUCGACGAGGUCGAGCUCAACACGGUGCCCGGGGUGGCGCUGUACCUCGUGGGCGCCAAGGCCGACCGGGCGCGCGCGGUGCCCGCCGCCGAGGGCCGCGCGCUCGCCGAGGCGCACGGCGCCAGCUUCUGCGAGGUCAGCGCCAAGACGGGGGACGGCGUCCGCAGGCCGUUUGUCGACAUCGUCGACGCCAUCGUCAGCAAGCCCGACGUCAUGAGCGCCGCUGACGGCGGGAGGGGGACGGUCAAGGUUGGGGGUGAGGAGGGCGCUGCGUCGGGGUGUGCCUGCUGA